UUUCUUUGAACUUUGAACUUUGAACUUGAAGAAGACCUACUAAAUGCUACUCCAUCUCCUUACCCAUCUCUCUUCCUUUCGUUCUCCUACCUCCUACUUUCACUCAUCACUUCACCAAACCACGCCUGAGAUGUAGGAUUCAGACUUCCCUCCCUAAAUUCUUGAACAAAAAUGGUGUUUAAAGGCAGAUUUUUCUCUUCCAAAAAGUCAUCAGAUUCUGAUGGAUCCAACAGUCCACGUCGUUUCACUUCCGCCAUUAAAAUCGACAAGAAGAAAGCUAAAUCUGAUGAUCAUCUCCAUAAUAAUCCUUCUAAAUUACCCAUCAACAGUACUACAAAGAGUAACAAUAAUUCUCCUACUUCUACUUCUACUUCCAGUUCUAGUAGCACCAAACAAUCAGUUUCUUCUAAGAUCAAGAAUGGAAAAGGGAAAGAAACCCAAAUUGAUUCCUCUUCUAAACCCAAUUCCAAUUCCCCAUCAGCUUCUGUAUCGCCCAUCCUUGCAUCUUCAUUGGGUCUUAACAAGAUCAAAACCAGAUCCGGCCCAUUACCUCAGGAGAGCUUUUUAGGGUUUCGUUCUGAUAAGACUCCUCUUGUUUUGGGGUCUAGCAAUCUCUCCAAAGCUGGGAUUAGUGAGGGUAGUGGAAAGAAGGAUAUGGGUUGGUUGGAUAAUGUUACUGACAGUGCAAGUAAUUCUGAUUCGAUGUCGCCUGAGAGUGGUGGUCGUUCAACUGCACCGAGCCCUAAUCUGUCGAAUGCAGGCCAAUUGCCACGCUCUAGAUUGUCAUCUGGAGGAGUGAACUUAAAUUCAUUGUGGGAGCAGCCUGGAGGCGUAAGUCCAGUUAUUUGUACUCCUGAAGGACAGAUGGCAUAUGGCUGUGAAACUCCCAAGGAGUCUGAAUCUCCUCGUUUUCAAGCCAUUCUCCGUGUUACAAGUGGUCCACAGAAAAGAUAUCCAGCGGAUAUAAAAAGCUUUUCCCAUGAAUUAAAUUCUAAAGGUGUACGGCCUUUUCCAUUGUGGAAGCCUCGUGGUUUAAAUAAUCUGGAGGAGGUUUUGGUCAUGAUACGAGGAAGGUUUGAGAAAGCCAAGGAAGAAGUAGACUCUGAUUUAGCCAUUUUUGCUGCUGAUCUGGUUGGUCUCCUGGAAAAGAAUACAGAAAAUUAUCCUAGAUGGCAGGAGACUAUUGAGGAUUUAUUGAUCCUAGCUCGAAGAUGUGCGAUGACAUCACCGAAUGAGUUUUGGCUCCAGUGUGAAAGCAUUGUUCAGGAAUUAGAUGAUAGGCGCCAGGAACUACCUCCUGGUAAACUGAAGCAGCUUCAUACGCGAAUGCUGUUCAUACUCACGCGAUGUACUAGAUUGUUACAGUUUCACAAAGAAAGUGGACUUGCUGAGGAUGGACAUGCACUUCAGCUACGUGAAUCAACAAUACUGCAGUUUGCAGAAAAGAGGAUACCAACUGGAAAGGAUAGGAAAAUUUCUGUUUCUGGUAAGAUUUCUAAGGUAUCAUCUGCACAAAAGUCCUUUAGUCAAGAACACCGUGGUCGCAAUUUACAUUCUUCCGAAAUCUUCCUCCCUACUGCUGAAACCACAAAGAGUACUGAAUCUCCCUCUGGAAGGGAACGGAUUGCUUCCUGGAAAAAACUUCCAUCUCCUGUUGCUAAAAAAACAGAAGCUUCACUGAUAGAUUUGAGUGAUACAAAGUUGGAGCAUUUAAAAAUAUCUAGUAGAAGAGAAACUCCAGAUGCAGAUCCCUCUGCAGUGAAGGUAUCUGAAGUUCUAUCUUCUAAAGAUCCAGUUGGACAAACUUUUGCUUCUUCUAAUCAUCAACAUCAAAAUUCCUGGGGUUACUGGGGAGAUCAGCCGAGUAUCUCAGAUGAGAAUUCCAUAAUCUGCCGAAUAUGUGAAGAGUUGGUUCCAACCUUACAUGUCGAGGAUCAUUCAAGAAUAUGUGCUAUUGCUGAUAGAUGUGAUCAGAAAGGCUUGAGUGUCAAUGAGCGUCUUUUGAGGAUUGCUGAAACUCUGGAAAAAAUGACUGAAUGUCCUUCCCAGAAGGAUUUUCAACCUGCAGUUGGGAGCCCUGAUGCUGCUAAAGUAUCAAAUUCGAGUGUCACUGAAGAGUCUGAUGUUUUUUCUCCAAAGCUUAGUGACUGGUCUCGCAGAGGCUCAGAGGACAUGCUAGACUCUUUUCCUGACGCAGAUAAUGCUGCUUUCGUGGAUGAUUUUAAAGGUUUAUCAUCCAUGUCUUGUAAGACACGUUUUGGCCCAAAAUCUGAUCAAGGAAUGACCACUUCAUCUGCUGGAAGCAUGACUCCUAGGUCUCCUUUAUUGACACCAAGGGACAGUCCAAUUGACUUGCUUCUAUCUGGUAAAGGUGGUUAUUCAGAACAUGAAGAUCAUCCCCAGAUGGCUGAACUUGCAGACAUUGCGCGGUGUUCAGCAAAUGCCCUUUCUGAAGAUGAUCAUUCGAUGAACUAUUUACUGACAUGUCUUGAGGACUUGAGCUUUGUCAUUGGCCGUCGGAAAUUUGAUGCACUCACUGUAGAGACCUUUGGGGCCCGAAUUGAAAAGUUGAUUCGGGAAAAAUAUCUACAACUAGUUGAGUUGGUUGAUACUGAGAAAAUUGAUCUUGUGAGUACUGUAAUAGAUGAAGAUGCUCCUCUAGAAGAUGAUGUUGUACGUAGCUUGAGAACGAGCCCUAUUCAUUCUAGUAAGGACCGUACAUCUAUUGAUGACUUUGAGAUUAUAAAGCCUAUAAGUCGUGGCGCAUUCGGUCGGGUUUUCUUAGCCAAGAAACGAACAACAGGAGAUCUUUUUGCUAUAAAGGUACUAAAAAAGGCAGAUAUGAUUCGCAAGAAUGCUGUGGAGAGUAUUUUAGCUGAACGCAAUAUUUUAAUUUCUGUCCGCAAUCCUUUUGUGGUCCGGUUCUUUUAUUCCUUUACUUGUCGUGAAAACUUGUACUUGGUCAUGGAAUAUCUCAAUGGGGGAGAUCUAUAUUCACUGUUGAGGAAUUUGGGCUGCUUAGAUGAAGAUGUUGCUCGUGUAUAUAUAGCUGAAGUAGUGCUUGCUUUGGAAUAUUUGCACUCUCUUCAAGUGGUUCAUCGAGAUUUGAAGCCAGACAAUCUAUUAAUUGCCCAUGAUGGUCAUAUUAAGUUGACAGACUUUGGGCUAUCAAAAGUUGGUCUCAUCAACAGCACUGAUGAUUUAUCUGGCCCUGCUGUUAGUGGGACAUCCCUCUUUGAAGAUGAUCAACCCCAAUUAUCUGCUUCGGAGAAGCAUCAAGAAAGAAGGAAGAAGCGUUCUGCAGUUGGAACACCUGACUAUUUGGCACCUGAGAUUCUUUUGGGAACGGGACACGGAGCUACUGCUGAUUGGUGGUCUGUUGGAGUUAUUUUAUUUGAACUUAUUGUUGGGAUCCCUCCCUUCAAUGCUGAACAUCCCCAGAUAAUCUUUGACAAUAUCCUCAAUCGCAAUAUUCCCUGGCCUCGUGUACCAGAAGAGAUGAGCUGUGAAACUCAAGAUCUUAUUAACAAAUUGUUAACUGAGGAUCCUAAUCAGAGACUUGGAGCUAGGGGAGCAUCAGAGGUGAAGGCGCAUCCUUUCUUCAGAGAUAUAAACUGGGACACAUUGGCUAGGCAGAAGGCAGCAUUUGUUCCGUCAUCAGAUGGUGCAUAUGAUACAAGUUACUUUACUAGUCGUUACUCUUGGAAUCACUCAGAUGACCAUGUGAACGCAGCUUGUGAAUUCGAAGAUAAUAGUGAUGAUGGCACUGCUAGUGGAAGUAGCGGAUAUCUGAGUGAUAAACAAGAAGAAUUGGGAGAUGAAUGCAGUGGACUUGCUGAGUUUGAAUCUGGCUUCGAUGUUAAUUACUCCUUCAGUAAUUUCUCAUUUAAGAAUCUAUCUCAGCUUGCGUCUAUCAAUUAUGAUCUACUUAGCAAAGGGUGGAAGGAUGAUCCGCCUCCAAAUUCAAAUGUUUGACGAUUAUAUAUUUCUCUGGUGAAGGCCUCACCAUUUCUUUGUUGAUUGUACAACCUGUAAAUAAAUAGAAGCAGCUCUAGAGAACUUUGGGAUGUCUUUUGUUACACAAUGCAAUGUAUUUCAUUGAGAAGGGUUACCAACGUCGUUGAGACUUUUUUGUUCAUUUCGGAAUGUAUCAAAUGUAAUCAGUUGGUGACGCUUCCGUUUGAAAAGAAAGAAGGGGAGGGGGUGACUAUUGCAUCAGUAUGUAUACUGCAGUAUGCAGGUGCUACUUUUAAUUUGGAAUAGCAAUGAAAAGCACUUCCCUAUUUUCUCUUGGUCUUAUUUUUGGGAGAAUAAAGAAGACUUGAAAUUUGUAGUUCUCGAUAAUGCUUAGUGUAUAGUGACGAUGGAUGUAGGCUUUAAGCCCAGGUGGUUUGUAUUUGUACAGAAUGACAGCAAUUGAAAUUUCUUUUCCUAAA